UUCCGGGGUGUGAAACCCUUCAGUGUUGGGCUGAUAUAGUGGAGUCGCAGUUGCUGAGCGCAGUGCUGUUGAAUAUCAGCAAGUGGGAUGGAAGACACUGAAAUUAUAGUGUCGCUGUAGUUUAGCGACUAACAGGAUAACUUUGGGCAUUAUCGCAGUAUAAGGAAAAUUUCCUGGACAGACUUUGGAGCUACAUUGUCAUUUGGCACAUGGCACUUAAUGAAUGCAGCGCGAGCAGCGAUGAACACGACAGUCUUCAGUAAGUUUGAUCGGCUGCGUUUUGAGGAGACCGAACAGAAUGUGGAAAGAACCAGUAGGAGCUAUUUAGAGGUGAUUGAUGGACAACAUUCAGAUUUACUGACAAGCCACAAAGUGAUGGAUGGCACCGAAGCUCUUAAACACAGGCGAAAUGGUGGAGGGAAGGUGCGGCACAAACGUCAGGCCCUGCAGGAUAUGGCUCGACCACUGAAGCAGUGGCUCUAUAAGCACAGGGACAACCCUUACCCCACCAAAACUGAAAAGAUACUGCUGGCUCUGGGCUCCCACAUGACCCUGGUUCAGGUCUCAAAUUGGUUUGCGAAUGCAAGACGUAGACUCAAGAACACAGUUCGACAGCCUGACUUGAGCUGGGCUCUACGUAUAAAACUGUACAAUAAAUAUGUACAAGGAAACGCUGAGAGACUCAGCAUUAGCAGUGAUGACACAACAUCGGACGAUGGGGAGAAUCCUUUAAAGAUGCAGGCCAGUGAAUCAGACUAUAAGAGACCCACGCACAAGAGCGUUAUUCAGGACAGCAGAGGCAAAGGUGUGGGGCGAAGCACAGACCCCUCAGUUUGUGAUGAUUAUGUGUCUCCACCAAAAUACAAGAACAGCUUGCUAAACCGCUACCUAAAUGAUUCCCUACGGCAUGUAAUGGCUUCCGAAAAAAUUAUAGACUCUCGGAAGAGGAACCAUUCUGGAUCGUUUAGCUCCAACGAGUAUGAGGAUGAUCUGCUUUCACCCUCAUCAGAAGCUGAGGCAAACUUCACCUACCGUACAGUGACGUUGGACUGUGGUACACGCCAGAGUGAUAGCGGUGCUUGUAAAGGUGGCGGAGGAGGAAAUAAUGAGACUUACUGGAAAGAGCUCCAUGCCGCCAUGGCCCUGACCAACCUGGCCCAAGGGAAGGAGAGCGCAGCGCCGGGCACCACCAGCUGUAUCAUCCAGAAGUCUUCCCAUAUAGCAGAGAUUAAGACUGUCAAAGUGCCCGUACAACCCCGACAUUAGUGGCUAACAGACUGGACAGCGGUCUGUACUAGGUUAUAAUUGCUAAAAGACUACCUGAACACUUGACUAUGUACUACAUGCAAUAAUUUAGUUGAAAAUGAUCCACAACAGCCUUUUCAGAGAGGAAAAAUACAUGUUGAUUGACCAGAGUGCCUAUUUUUUUUUUUUUUUUACCACUGUCUGAUGAAAAAUGACACAGAAAAGAGAGUUUAUUGUGUGGACGGUCACUACCACUAAACACAGAAGCACAAAAAUCUGACUCUUUCUGAUUUAUACUGUCAUAAUUUCUAAAAUGCAGUUUUGUCCAUGGCUAAAAUGUAAUAUAUUAAUCAUGUAUGUAUUCAAUUUCUUAAGUUAUGUUAUUUUAAUUUUAAUUGACACAGGAUUAUUGUCAUCCUAUGGCAAUGGCAUAUAAAUGUGGAUUCUUGUGUUUUGUUUUGGCAAGUAUGGCAUAUAGAGGAAGUUUUUUUUUUUUUUUUUUUUUUUACUUUUUUGAAAAUUCUGUAUGAGUGAAGCAACUUUUUUUCUUUUAAUUUCAUGUGUCAUUGCCAAGUUUAUAAUGCAAAACAGAGUCAUUUGAGAGCAAAUAAAAGUUUCUCAAUAAAAUACAUUGGCGCUUUGAUAAAAUUUGCUCCUUUCAUCUCUUGUUUUCUUUGGACGCCCAUUUCCUUGGAGUGAAAAAUAGAAAAGGUAAUUGUGAGAUAAAAUUUAAAAUAAGAAAUAAAGUCGCAUAAUGGGAUAAAUUAUCACACUGUAUUAUAUAAAAUUACAGUUAUGAGAAAUAAACAAUUGCAAAUUGUACUUGCAAGAAAUACUGUACUAUCUCUAUGGCAAUUAUGAUGCCUGGAAGUGAAACUACAUGAAAUAUAUAUAUAUAUACACUUUGUCCUGCUUCCUCUCCAUUUCAGUUAGAGGUAUUUUAUUAAUUUAUUAUUUUUUACCAUUUUAUUUUAUUUAUUAUUUACUGUGAAGCAGAAAUGGACCGCCAUAAUUUUCACCUAAUCCAGUAUAUAGAGUCAGAGCCACAUUUUGAUAAAAGCAACUAGCACUCCAAUCUGAUAAAGAAAUAGCACACCCAUGCCGAAACAGUUACCCUUGACAUCUGCACAGAGCUCAGCUGCUUGUACUAGGCCAUAUUGGAUAAGCAUUUGCAUUUCAGUUAUGUACCUGAUAGCUCUUCUAGAUAGGCUGUUUGAACAGUCCGUUAUGUUUGAGUCUUGCUGGGCGCAUUUAAACGGUUCAGCCAGCAGCAAGAAUUUGGAAUUGAAUAUACAGUCUGCCUUGUUGUAUCUCCUUACAGACCUGACCACAUGCUCUGUGUUUUGCUCUCCAGCCUUAUUUCUCCCCACCCAUGCUUCAAGGAAGACUAAAACAUAAU